CGAGAGAGUAAUCUUGGUGAAAUUAGGCCUAUACUAUAAUUCAUUUUAAUUGCAGUCUUUCAGCUUUUCCACCAGAAAUCGGGCUUUAUCUUAAAUUGCAAACACAGUCAGAUAUAUUGAUUUAAAGUCAAAAGAAUGUGGCAGGAGCCAAUCAAGGACCUUUUGUUACUGGAUUGCCCCACAGAUCCAGUAUCACAAAAUUUUAACCCAUAUGAAGUACUAGAACCACAGAAAGUUGAUUUAAAAGAUAGAAUCCUUGUUGAUUUAACACCAGUAGAAGAAAAACAACCUGAUGCCAAGCUAGAAAUGGGGUCUUUUUUAGAUACUGUUACUAAAACGGACUACAAUUUAGUAGAUUUGUAUCAAAAUAUCUAUGUUACACCACAACAUUUACAAAAAAAAACAACUGAAAUUGACAAGAAUUCACUUAUUGAUUUUGGCAAUUUUAUUGACAAACAGAAAGUUAAAAAGAUAGAAAAUAAUAAUUCAACAGCUGUUAGGCUAGAUAAAACAGACAUACCCAGCUUUGAUGAAUUAAAUCACCGAACAGGGCCAUCCCAUUUCGCAAGUGAUGUGAGUGAAACAAUUGAAGAGAAUACUAUAAAAAAUAAUUUAGAUGCAACAAUUGAUGCUCUAUACAGAUCAUGUAUAACUAAAUUUGACACAAGCAGUCCAGAAAAAACAGAAUUUUCGUUGUUCAACAACUUUAAAUGUUUAACUUUACACAAUGAUCCCAUAAAAAGAAAAACACCAAAUGCUGAAAGAGUUGGUACUUCAGAUAUUAAAACAGAUUAUGAAUACAUGACAAAUGAAACAAAAGAUCAUUCAAAAGAUAUUUCACAUCAAAGUAAUUUAAGAGAUUGUCCGGGUGUGAAAAGUGACUUGAGUCACUUUCAACUCACUGAUAGCAUGAGAAGAAACAUAUUAGAUGAAGUUAAAAGAGAAGAAAUUCCAAUAAAAUGCAAAUGUUAUUAUGCAAAAAAUAUUUUAAACCUCAAUAAAUCUAUGGAUGCAUCUUUCAUUAAUCCAUUUGAUAAUGAUCUUCCAGUCGCUCAUUCAAAAGAUCUUAAAAAACCCAAACCACUCAGUAUGCUAUCUAAUAAUCAAUUUACCCAAAUAAAAUCAGGGCCGUUACUGCAAACUGUUGUCAAAGAUCAAAAACUAUAUGCUAAACAGAUGAAAUUAAAAGAAAACAAUCAAAACUUAACAAAAGGUCCUGAUAUUUACGAAAAGUCAAUUAUUUUGCCGCAAAUCAUGGAGCGCUUGGCGGCGAGAAAAAAAAUAUUAGACGAACAGAGAGAUUGGAAAAGGCGACUUGUUUUGGACAGUGGAGAGUCUAAAUUUAAUGAGGACAUUCCUUCUGUUAGAACGGAAAUUCUUAUGGCAGAUUGUAAUAAGGAACGCCUAGCUAAUUUAAAAAUAAGGGCAUCUUUUGAAAACUUUAUCAAAACAGGCUCACCUAAAUAACUUUCAUACAUAUAUGUAAAUUUUUGGAAUUAAUUAAAAAAUGGUAAUGGCGAGAAUUUUAUAGAAUUACUCAUGACAAAAAUAUGUGCUAAGUGUAUAUUAAAAUAUCAUAUUGAUAAUAUGUAUAUUAAGUCGUCCAUAUAGUGAAGAUUCCCUGGAAAAAUAUAAACAGGUAAUUUUAAUUAUAACUACGACAACUGUUAAGCUCAGUUAGUCAAACACUAUUAAUUGUUUAACAUGGAAGUUAUGUAUUUUGAUUACCUUAUCUAUCUACAGAUAAAAGAUGAGUGAAACAGCCUCAUAAAUUGGUCAAUUAAAAAUAAAUCUUAGGAUUAUUAGGUAUUACACACCAAACUAAAUAUCCUUAAAGGGAAAAAAUGUACUUUUGUUUUGGAUAUAUUUGUAUAUACACACAAAUUAUUUAUACAUUGUUUAAUUAUACAAUUUUAAAUACAUACAUAUUUACUAAGUGAUAUAUUAUGAUGCCUAUGCUUAAGAAUAUUCAUAUUAUAGAAACUGUAACAUAAAUGAAUUUUAUACUUUAAAAUUGACAAGAUUUAAUAGACAAAUUUGACUAUAUAUUGUAAUGUCAAGAUGU